UCUUGUGGUGAACCAAAAACGAUCGUUCGAUGAUAACGGAUGGAAUGUAAAUGAAAGCAUCAUUUUCUUAUUCACACUUUUUUAUAGUGUUCUUUUCCUUUUGUCCGUAGUUUCUUCAUGAAUGUUUAUUAGUGUUUUGUUUGUGUUUUUAUUUCUUCACUUCAAAUCUUGAAACGCAUUCCCAACGUUAGUACAUUGACCUUCUGUUGCAGUGCAGAAUCUUUUCCUUUUUUUUCCUUAAGAAUGUUUGUUUCCUCCCGAGGUAAAAAUGUGUGUGUUUUAUUUUUACUUUUCGUUAAGGAACAGUUAGCUUACAACACGAAAUUAUGCCACCGAAAACAAGUUUCCCGAUCGAUUUAAAACGCAUUUGCGGAAAUGCAGAAACAAGCUGCGAAUUUGUGAAAUGUGAAACGGAAAGAACGGGACAUGGACAUGUUUUGCUGGUACAGAUGUUUUGUAGCAAAAAAGGGAAGCUGGUAAUUAACCUCAUGGUGCAGUCUUGGAAGAUAAAACAAACCUGAGUUGUAAAUAAAAUAUUUUUUGUUUUUCCGCGGAACAAACCGCUUCUCAAACUAUUUUGUUUGACCUAAUAAAUCUCUUUUUUUUUGUGCUGUAAAUUUUUAUCGAAAUGAGAAGAAUGGAACAGGGAAAUAAGGGUGAAAAAAAAUCAUUCAUGUAUAGCACAUUUUAUUGGAAAAGAAAUGCAAAAUGGUAGAAUUGUUUUAAAAGAAGAAUGCUGAUAAGUUUAAUACAUGAAAUUUCACUUUGCAUUUUAUCAACACUGUUUUUGUUUGUUUUACAUUAUGUGAUGUGUGUUUGUGUUGGUUUUUUUCUCUUUCCUUUUAACUUAUCAACCCCCUUUUGUCCUAAAUUGAGCAUCGCCAAAAAAGGAACCAGUUUUUGAUCGUUUUUUUUUGUUGGUUUUUUAUUUGCUCUUUGCGCUUAUAUAAGAAGGUGCAUCGUACCAAUGGCUUUUCAGUGUCAAGGUAAAAGUUGCGGGGGCCAGUUACGAAAUGUUUCUUACAAAGGGCAACUUUGCGGUGGUACUGCUGCUGGUGGUUUUCCUGUGCUUAUCGUUAGCCUUACCGAGAGUCGACGAUAAUGUGCUGAAGCCAGAUGAAGCUAAAGAUGAAGCGAGCGAUAAUGUACCGAUCGAUGACGAAACCGAAUUAAACGACCGUGUGGGACGGUUCUUGCUGCCGGCUGAUUUUGCUGUAAGGAAAAAAAAGUUCACCAUCGGUACGCGAGGCACAGCAUCAUUCUUUCGCUCGUGGCGCAAUUGCAUCGAAGACGGAAAAGGAUUUGCCACGAUAGAAAGCGAAGAGGAGCAAACAUUUUUGACACAUAUGUUAAAAUCCAUCGGAUCUAAUACCCGGUACUGGAUUGGUGCGACUAAUGUGGGCAACUCCGCCAAAAACUUGACGUGGAUCACAACGGAUUUGCCGGUGCAAACUGCACCGGACUCAUUACGUUUAACUGGACCGACGUGUAUUGCACUGACACAAUCUGGUAGUUGGAGAAAAAAUAACUGCUUCAGUUCGUCAAGCGUUUAUCCUUAUCUUUGUGAAGAGUAUUAUUAAAUGUUUUCUGCACGGUAGCUUUGGAGUGAUUUGAGAUUCUGUAUUUUAAGCUUUUUUUUUGGUGCGUUAGGGAAAUUUUACAUUUAUUUCGAAUGGAGCUAUGUAGCAGCAAUAAAUCAUCUUAUCAUCUGAUAUUAAUUAAUUGUUAAUGAUUUUUUUACUUUGUUAAUGCUUCAUUAUCAUUGCCAAACCAGUUUUUACUCGCACAUCGUAACUAAACGCUAAAUUUUCACUCAAGUAAUGCUUUCAAUAAAAAAAGAAUAAAAAAUAAUAAAAAACAUAAAAAAAUUCUAAAAAUUUGAAAAUUUCUCA